UUCCAAUCUUUUACUAGCCUUUGUGGGACUUUGGAAUAAGCUGCUACCCUGGACGUAGUUGAGAUGGCCUAUCUUUUGGGUGCAUAUAACGUUCUUGAAUGGGAGUUGUUCAAUGGAAGCAAGUUCACUUCCAAUAUCACUUGUCCGUGGUUCAAACCAGAAACACCGAAGGCAAUCCAGUGUCACAAGUAACUGUUGACGAGCGGUCCAUUCACUUGUAACGCCGAGAAUUAUUAGGGGCCAUCUCAACGAAAGUUCCAAUAACUCCCCCCCCCCUUUCCUACACCCCCCCAUCUCAAUUAACAGAGUACAACCGGCUGCCAAGGGCUCAGGCCGUCAUGGCGACUUCCACGAAGCUCUCGCUUACAUCUCGUGACACCGCUCUAUGCAUCAUCCCACCAAGGAACCAGUGGACCAAGGUCGACCAGCUAAGGUCUCACUACGACAGAGCAUACGGGAAAUGGCCUCCGCAUGUCAACCUCGUCUACCCCUUUGUUCAGGUAGAUGCCUUACCGCGGGCUGCGGAGGCGGUACAGUCAGCAGCAGCACCCGUGCGAGGGCAGAAACCCCUGGACAUAUGUCUCGAUGCCGCCGGCGUCUUUCAGCACAAACAGGACAAGACUAUUUACAUACACGACGAAGACGAUAGCCAGCUCAAAGAUUUUCGUGCGGCCAUAAUGCAGGCUUUGGGCCACCAGGAUGCUGGAAGUUAUAACAUGCACAUGACCAUCGGUCAGAGCGAAGAUAUGAAUGAGUCUUGGCACCAAUUCCUUCUUCAGAAGGCACGCUGGCUUCCCAAGGUUGAGUGGUCAGUAGACCAACUGUAUAUCCUCAUUCGGGAAAAGUUACCAGCCGGAGGCUCAGAAAUGAAGACCUGGGCAAUAAUAUCCCUGGAUGACGGUAGCAUUUCCAGAUGUGACACGCCAAAGCCAUUUUUUGACGAGCUACCCGCAGUUGCUGAGAAGAAUGGGAUGCCGUACUCAUAUCUCAGCGAUAGUCUGUGGAGCCAGUCCUCUCGAGUGCACUAUUCCGCUUCUCCAUCUGCUGAGAUCUCGAAUUUGGUUGUCUCGUCAUACAAUGUUCUCGCCGAAUUCGAGUAUCCACCUUCGCAGGCUCGAUACCCUUUGAUCGUCAGGAACGUCCUCUCCGACAGCGCCAGAGCCGAUGUGCUUGUCCUGGAAGAGGUUACCGAUGACUUCCUCGUCUUUCUCUUACGCGAGCCUGAGAUCCGCGAACUGUUCACCUUCUGUAGCUGGGGACCACCAGACCAGGAGGACGUCCAGCCGCUUCCAAGUCACAACAACAUUGUGGUUCUCAGCAAGCACGCUUUCACGUGGGAGCAUGUGCCGUUCCAUCGCGAGCACAAGGGCGCGAUUGUAGCCCAAUUCCAGUCACUCGGACAAUGGGAUGAUGCAGAUUUCAGGCCCCUGAUCUUGGCUGCCGUGCAUCUCACCCAUGGUCUCAAGGACGGCUCAGUGGCGGCGAAGAAGAUGGAAAUCGAGACCAUUCUCAGGUAUCUGGACGACACGUAUCCAGAAAACCCCACGAUCCUGACUGGAGACUUCAACAUCACAACAUCUUCGUAUACCAUAAAUCAGGCCCUUGAGAAGAAGGCCGUCACCCCUCAGUCGAUCACAUACCUUCGAAAUAUCGAGGAAACCUUCGUACAGAGUGGUUUCGUUGAUACAUGGGCAGAGUUACAAGUCGAAGAUGGAGCCGCAUCUGAUGAUGAACUUGACGCAGCCUUUGAGGGCGAACAGGGAGCGACUUAUGACCCAAUUACUAAUGCCCUCACGGCAGAGAUUGUCGGAAGUGGCUUCAACAUGCGGCCUCAGAGAUAUGACAGGAUCCUUGUCAGGGCAGGCGACUAUCUGAAAGCCCUCAAAUUCGACAAGUUCGGCUUCGCCACAGAAGAGAUCGGCAAAUUUGCUAGUGACCACUGGGGUGUGCGGGCCGUCUUUAGGAUUGGGCCCGAGGCAGAGAGCCAGGAGGCUCUCUCGACUGCCGCAGAUAUCACGCGUGUCAAGCUGAAGACCGGCAAGCACUUGUCCGAGACUGAGGACGAUCUGGCGGGGCUGCUCAAGCAGCUACAAGCUAUUCCUUCGGAAGGAGAGGUUCAGCAACACGCUGCAGCUUUCAAGCUACUUCGCGAGACGAUCCUCGAAUCCCCGGCGCCGACUGUGUCCACCGAGACCGGUCGGUCAAGCACGCCUCUGGUUCUUGUCCCUGUCGGAUCAUAUGGGCUGGGCGUGUGGACAAGUGCUUCCGAUAUCGAUUGCCUCUGCAUCGGGCCGUUCAGCUCGUCUACUUUCUUUUCCCUUGCCACCCAGCGGCUGCGCAAAGCCGCCGACAAGGGCGUGAAGGUGAUGCGGCGGGUCAAGGCCCACACUGGCACAAUGCUCGAGCUUGAAGUGAAUGGCAUCAAGGUCGACCUUCAAUAUGCACCUGCUGGUGCAAUAGCAGCGGAAUGGCCGCAUUGCCUCCGGCUACCUGCGUCGGAUCCUGUUUGGUCGUUGUCGGCACAAACCCUGAACAAGCUGAAGUCAAUCCGCGACCUCGACUAUGUUCGCCGUUCGGUACCUGAUAUUGUCAAGUUCAGGCUUGCGCACCGCCUGGUGAAGACGUGGGCGAAGAGAAGAGGCAUCUAUGCGCUGAAGUAUGGUUAUCUGGGCGGUAUUCCGAUCACAGUUCUCCUUGCAAGGAUUCAUAAGCUACUGGCUCGUGACAGCGGGGUCGUAUCGCUGUCGGAUCUGCUCUCGACAUUCUUCAACCACUAUGCCGGGUUCAAUUGGCGAGCUGACGUUGCUUUCGACCCAUUCUUCCACAAGCAGCUCAACUACAGGAGGACUGACCGAGAAGCGCUGGCUAUCCUGGGCUACGCCCCGCCGGCCUUGAACACAUGCCUGGCUGCAUCCGUGCCAUCCGUGAGGACCAUCGCCGAGGAGUUCCAGAGGGCCGACGAGAUGCUCUCAGAGGAAGGAAUGACAUGGUCGAGAUUCUUCGAGACAGACGGGUCGGCCGACUUCCUCAAGUCGUACAAGAGCUACAUCAAGAUCAACGUCCAGUUCUGGGGCGGCUCCCUCACAAAGGGAAGGGGCCUCGUCGGCUGGCUCGAGUCUCGGUGCGUGUCACUGCUGGUAGACCUGAACCGGCGCCUGCCGGAUCUCCAUGUCCGGUUCUGGCCCGCCCGCUUCGUCGAGGCGUCGGCGGGCGACUCCACGGAAGACGAGCAGGGCGACUACGAGGGCUUCUACCUGGUCGGCCUGGACAGGCUCGAGGGCAGCGCGACGGACGAAAAGACGAUGCAGGAGAAGCUGCUGGACGUGCUCAGGAAGUUCGAGGAUCAGAUCCGCGGGGACCCCAAGUACUACGACGAGCGAACGUCGUGGGUGGAGGCGGGUGUGAUCAGGCGGGCGGCCCUGAAGCAGCCGCAUGUCGAUGCCCGCGAAUGGGGCGAGUACACCAUCGGGGAUGAAGAGUCCGAUGAGGAGGAAGAGGAGGAAGAAGAAGCGGCACAGGGGUCUAGUGUCUACGAGGACUACCAGGCUGUCCACUCUGCAGCAAAGAAGGGCAGGACGACCAACCAGCCGCGCUCCGUCGUCGUCUCCAAGCCAGCCGGGGCCGGGAAGUUCAGGACGGCAUCGGACGUGCUGAACCGGCUUCGUUGGGACCCAUCCCUCGACAGCGGAGACUUCAUCGUAGGCUACGAGGACCGUUUCGCCGGCGCGAUGGAGAAGGCGCUGGACACGUGGAAGUCGGAGCAGACGGACGAGGAGUUCAUCCCACAGCACCGGAUCCUCUAUUUCAAGCGCAGGAGCGACGCGACCGUCGUGUGGGAGAGGCGGACGCGGAUCGACCUGUUGUUCGGGAGUGGGGGCGGCGGCCCAUCCACCACUACCACCACCACCACCACCACUUGAUGGGUUGAAUUGUCUGUUACAGGCGAGACAAAGGGAGAGUCUGUCUGGCUUUGCCGGCACUUGAGCCAUAGUUGCAGCAUAGCGUAGCGUUUAUGUUUGACUUUGUCUGACCAUGCAUCUAUUUGUUUUUUUCAGUGCAUAACUGGGUUGCCCGGAUAACCCGCAUUCUGCGACGCUGUCUCGCUUCAGUUGCUCGGCUCGGGUUGCUUGUGUGAGUGAGCCGGGGGAGCAUUUGGGCAAUGAGAAACGCGCGGCCUGAUUGCUUGGCCUCCCCACGUGGUCGUCCCUACCUUCGCUUGUAUGAGCGUCCCAGUUCGGGCAGAGCCGAGACAGACACUCGGAAUUGACCCUUGAAAAACGUUCAUCUGCAAUCAUGUAAAAUAU